CUAUUUUCGUUUUUUCUCUACUUUUAGCGAGAUUGUACGACCCUAACUACAACGCAGUGGCUUCGUGUCAGACAGCUAUUGGGCCAAAGCAACGACUAUAAGAGAAGCACUGGCCAAAUUGGAGGAGAAAACAGGGGAGAAGGCGAGCGAAAGUACAGCAAUAAAACUGUAUGGUCAGGUUCCACCUAUCGAGAAGAUGGAUCCCUCUCUGUCCACACUGACAAACUGCGAGAAGCUCUCUCUCUCCACAAACUGCAUUGAAAAAAUAACCAAUCUGAAUGGCCUGAAGAACUUAAGGAUAUUGUCACUGGGAAGAAAUAAUAUAAAAGCCCUCGCUGGGCUGGAGGCAGUUGGGGACACAUUAGAAGAGUUAUGGAUCUCCUAUAACUUGAUAGAGAAACUGAAGGGAAUUCAUUCCAUGAAGAAACUUAGAGUCCUCUAUAUGUCAAACAACCUGGUAAAAGAAUGGGGAGAGUUUGUGAGGCUAGCUGACCUUCCGUGCCUUGCGGACCUGGUGUUUGUUGGAAAUCCUCUGGAGGAGAAACAUUCUGCUGAGGGAACCUGGAUGGAUGAAGCUUCUAAACGACUGCCUAAUCUGAAAAAACUAGACGGAACUCCAGUCAUCAAACAGGAAGAGGAUGAAUGAGAUAGAGAGAGUUGAGAAGCAUCUGCAAAACUCCAACCCCCUUCUCUUAGUGUCUUCCCUUUUUUAAGCUUUGUAAGGUUUGUCAUGGUGCUUUUCUUUAAAUGAAACUAUGUUUUUUGCAACAGCAUAGACUUUGUUAUAGAAGGAAAAGCACAAGAUAUCUAAUAGAUACACAGAUGUGUAUGUUUUAGAAUGAGAAAAGUCUGUUAAAUUGACAAUACCUCAACUUGUGGACUUGGGAGCAGAAAGAGGUUUGAUGAGACCCUGUAAGUGGAUAAAUACAUUUCCUACGGAAUUACAGAUUGACUUAAAUUUUUAAUGUUCUCUUUAACUGAAAAUUGACUGUGGUAAUAGGGGUACAGUCCUAUUCCUGGGCCAGUAACAUAAAUUUACAAUGUGAGUGUACUUGAUUCCUCUAAAUGUUCCUCUUACAAGAACUAAAGCACAACAUGGAGUGAUUGGCCACUUAUACCAGACUUCUCAGGUAAUAAGCAGUAGCAGCAUUAAAAGUGCUCUGUUCGGCAUUGUCUUUGAAGUCAUGUAAUAUAUGUCUAAACUUUUUGAACUUUAUAAAAGGGCAGAAACGAGUCUGCUGUAUUUUACGGUCACUUAUUAGAUUUCACAUCGUUCCUGUUCUCUAAAAUGUUAUACCAAGGUUAAUGUAUGUACAGCAGCAUGUCCUUUUUCAUUGUGAGAUGUUUUUUUUAUGAUUUUGAUAUUUUAAAUAAAUACUAUU